GGACUGGAAUUCAUUUCAACCAACAGAUCUGAUCAUCUCUGGUCUAAUGUUUCAGUCUUGCCGUUUGCCGUAUAUCUCUUUUUGUUUCUUUUUCCAAUUUUUUCGCCUCUUUUCCUGAUUUAUUCAACGUCAUUAUCAGCAUUAUCAUAAUUUCGACGACUCGUAUUCCUGAUACCCCUCUGUCUCCUAAUCUCCUCGUAUGGUUGGUUUUCCUGAUGUAUUGGUCUCACGUGACAAUUAUAGAGAGUGUAGAUGCUCUAGAUGGGAAGGGUGACAAGACUCCCGGUAGUGAUGGAUCUGCCAUGAUCCUCGACUAUCUUAGAAAACAAAAUCGUCCAUACUCGGCCAUCGAUAUCUCAGCCAACUUGCACAACAAAGUUACCAAAACGUACGCGGCCAAGGCAUUGCGAGAGCUACACCAAAACAAGGAGAUUGAGGGUCGUGUAGCAGGAAAACAAACCGUUUAUCAUGCCCUUCAAGAUUCAUUCGACGAUUCCACUCCAGAAGUCAUUGCAGGCUUGGACCAAGAGAUCAAGCAAUUGCAGGGCAAUCUUACGGCCCUAAAAGCCAACGAGCAAGACACACGAGCGGAAUUGGCGACGCUUUGCACCAAACCUUUGCUAUCUGACCUUCGGCGCGAUAUUGGCCGGUUAGAUAAAGAGAAGGAGUCGACGCUUGCGCGCCUGGAAAAGCUACGGGGAAGUAGCUCGGUACGGAUGCCCCCUGGGGAAAGGGCAAAGAUCGAAAAUGAGUGGAAAUGUUGGCAAAAGUGCGUCAACAUUCGUAGGCAAAUAUGUCGUGACUUUUGGACGAGGUGUUCGGAAGUGGUUCCUGAAGAUAUGACUCGAGACGAGCUUUGGGUAUGAGUGAACUCCCAUUCUGCCUCUUCACGACACUAUAUGGAUAUAUUAUUAAUGUUGUUUUGACGGCUCUAAUGACAAGCAGGAAUCUCUGGGAUUGGAAGGGAAUCUGAAUUUGUGAGUGCCAAAAUUGAAAAAGAAAGAGAGAUAUAUAUAGUAGCGUAUUCUUGCUGGCACUGACAGAAACUAUCUUCCAGCAUGACAACUUUGUGGGGGGAAAAAUCGAUUACAUACUCCGCUUUGAUUGACAGGGCAUCGGAGCUGAGCAAAGCUAGGAUGGAUGAUGUAUGAUGAUCAGAUGA